CUUUGACCAACCAGCUGUUUUCCGUUGCAGCAGUUAGCGCGUGUUUUUAGUAAAAUUUACUUAAUUUUAAAUUAAAAAGCAGCUAAAAUGUCGCUUAUUACGCGUGUGCUAAAGGGAAACCUGCCGCUGCGCAUCAAUGCAAUGAAUUCAUUGCGCCAGCUGCAAUGCGGUUACAGCUCGCAUGCCAAGUAUGCGGAGCAUAAACCCAUCGAACGUAUCCGCAACAUUGGCAUCUCGGCGCACAUAGACAGCGGCAAGACAACGUUGACGGAGAGGAUUCUGUUCUACACUGGACGCAUUGCGGAAAUGCACGAGGUGCGUGGCAAGGAUAACGUGGGCGCCACCAUGGACAGCAUGGAGUUGGAGAGACAGCGUGGUAUAACCAUUCAAUCGGCGGCCACUUACACGCUGUGGAAGGACACAAACAUCAACAUCAUCGAUACGCCCGGUCAUGUGGACUUCACCGUGGAGGUGGAGCGUGCUCUGCGUGUCCUGGACGGAGCUGUCCUGGUGCUAUGUGCCGUCGGAGGUGUUCAGAGCCAGACCUUGACUGUUAACCGGCAAAUGAAACGAUACAAUGUACCCUGCUUGGCGUUUAUCAACAAACUGGAUCGCAUGGGCUCAAAUCCCUAUCGAGUGUUAUCCCAAAUGCGAUCCAAAAUGAAUCACAAUGCGGCCUUUAUACAGCUGCCCAUUGGCGUGGAGAACAACUGCAAGGGUAUUGUGGAUUUGGUACAGGAACGUGCCAUUUAUUUUGAAGGCGAGCACGGCAUGGACAUCCGUCUAGAUGAAAUUCCACAGGAUAUGCGCACCGAGAGCCAAGAGCGUCGACAGGAACUCAUCGAGCAUCUGUGCAAUGCUGACGAGUUGGGUGAGCUCUUCCUCGAAGAGAAGCCAUUCACGGAGACGGACAUCAAGGCAGCUCUGAGACGCACCUGCAUUAAGCGCACCUUUACACCCGUGCUCGUGGGCACGGCCCUGAAGAACAAGGGCGUGCAACCGCUCCUGGAUGCAGUCAUAGAAUAUCUGCCCAAUCCUGAAGUCGAGAAUCUGGCCUUCAUUGAGCAGGAGGGCAAGGAGAAGCAGCAAAUUGUGCUCAAUCCGGCACGCGAUGGCAAGGAUCCCUUUAUGGGACUGGCCUUUAAACUUGAAGCCGGACGCUUCGGUCAGUUGACCUACUUGCGUUGUUACCAAGGAGUUCUGCGCAAGGGCGACAACAUCUUCAAUGCACGCACCAACAAAAAGGUGAGGAUUGCCCGCCUCGUCCGUCUGCACUCCAACCAAAUGGAGGAUGUCAGCGAAGUGUAUGCCGGUGACAUUUUUGCUCUGUUUGGCGUAGACUGUGCCUCGGGAGACACCUUCACCACGAAUCCCAAAAACAAUAUGGCUAUGGAGUCGAUAUUUGUGCCGGAACCGGUUGUGUCCAUGGCCAUCAAGCCAAAUAACACGAAGGAUCGGGAUAAUUUCUCAAAGGCCAUUGCACGAUUCACUAAGGAGGAUCCCACCUUCCAUUUCUUCUUUGACAACGAUGUAAAGGAGACUCUCGUCUCAGGAAUGGGUGAAUUGCAUCUGGAAAUCUACGCUCAGCGCAUGGAGCGUGAAUAUGGUUGUCCAGUGACACUGGGCAAGCCCAAGGUGGCAUUCCGGGAGACACUUGUGGGACCCUGCGAAUUUGACUAUUUGCACAAGAAGCAAUCUGGCGGAUCGGGUCAAUAUGCACGCAUUAUUGGCAUCAUGGAGCCACUGCCUCCCAAUCAGAAUACACUGCUGGAAUUUGUGGACGAAACGGUCGGCACCAAUGUGCCCAAACAAUUUGUGCCCGGCGUGGAGAAAGGCUACCGUGAGAUGUCCGAGCGUGGCAUGUUAUCCGGCCACAAAUUGUCCGGCAUUCGGUUUCGUCUGCAGGACGGUGGCCAUCAUAUUGUAGAUUCCAGUGAGCUGGCGUUCAUGUUGGCCGCCCACGGUGCCAUCAAGGAGGUCUUCCAGAACGGUUCCUGGCAAAUACUUGAACCCAUUAUGCUUGUGGAGGUCACGGCGCCCGAAGAGUUCCAAGGUGCCGUCAUGGGGCAUCUGAGCAAACGACACGGCAUUAUUACCGGUACCGAGGGCACAGAGGGUUGGUUCACCGUCUAUGCUGAGGUUCCCCUCAAUGAUAUGUUCGGUUAUGCCAGCGAACUGCGCUCAAGCACUCAAGGAAAGGGUGAAUUCACCAUGGAAUAUUCACGUUAUUCGCCUUGUCUGCCGGAAAUUCAGGAACAGAUAGUGCGGCAAUAUCAGGAAUCCCAGGGCAUGUCUCAGCCAGAGAAGAAAAAAAAGAAAAACUAAUUUCUCGUCUAGCUUAAUUUCUAGUGUUAAAGUCGAAUAAUUUUAAUUCAUAUGCAAAUCUUUAGUUUUUACUGUGAUAACCACUGCGUACGUUACCAAUGACAAUUUGUACGGAUUUUUGUAAAUUAAAGACCAACUAAACGCAAUAA